GAAGACGCCAGCAGGGGUUUGUGACGGUGCGCUUCGUGUUUCCUGUUAGGCCUCAAAUCAAAGCUUCGUGUUUCUGGUAUAUUGAGAAUCCUGACUGCAAGACUGCAACUGCCGUGUCUGCUUCUGCUGCUGCUCUUGAGGUUCCUGCGGUCCUGGUAGUCCUUAGUCGUCCUUGGAUCCUUAGUGGUCGACCCUCUCUCCUCUGCGUUCCGGUCUCGUCAAGAAACACACGUCAUGGAAACGUGGGAGUCAAGUAUGUACCCAUCUGGCGAAAUGUACGGGCUGGAGUCCGACGCGUCAUUUGUAACAACCGAGCAGAGCCAAGUUGUAACAACCGAGCAGGGCCAAGCGACAGCACGUUGUUAGUCACCAUUUGCGUGUGCCUUGUAGCCGGAGUACUCAUCCUUCUGGUCGUUUAUUUCAUCGGUUUCGGCGUUGAUGUGAGCCCGCAAGAGAACGAGGGAGAUGUCUCCUCCGGAGGAGGCAGCGGUGGCGGUGGCGGUGGGGGUGGCGGUGGCAGUGUCUCUUCCGAUCCCGCUGCCGUCGUUGUUGCCGCAGUGCCAGAGUCUAAUCGCUCUGCUCCCAUUAUACCGACAGACCAACCGGAAGCCCAGAGGCCCAGCGCAAUUCCAGCCGCCGGCCCCGUGACCCAGCCCACACCCCUUCCUACCAAAGGCUUUCAGGCCCCAAGCCCCGUGCCUCAGCCAGUGCCCGCUCCUACGCAUCACUCUCGAGCCCCAGCUCCCUUGACCCAACCCACGCCCCCUCCUCCUCAAAGCACUCGAGCCCCAGCUCCAGUGACCCAACCGACGCCCCCUCCUCCUCAAAGCACUCGAGCCCCAGCUCCAGUGACCCAACCGACGCCCCCUCCUCUUCAAAGCACUCGAGCCCCAGCUCCAACGGCGAAACCCACGCCUCCUCGUCCUCAAAGCACUCGAGCCCCAGCUCCAUCGGCCCAGCCUACGCCACCUCCCACCCCGGCACCUAGUUCUGGCACCACGACCACACCUCCUCCUCUCAUGUGCUCGGUGUCUGAGACGGCAACGCUGGACAUACAGUACCCGGACGACAGCCUGUGUGACAUCCUAAUGUACACACACGUUCUCGCCGUAGACAACCAGGUUACGGCGGUCGACGACAUGGCAAGCUACGACAUGUUCACCUCGUUGUGCCUCUCACGAUAUUCGAAGGGGAAGACCACCUGUGGCAUUUCGUUCGACUCACGCUUCAUCACGCCGGCGACGUGGACGACCGAGCUAUGGAGGGAUCUUGUCACCAUACGGAGGUCGAACGUCAUACAUUAUGGCAUCCUCAAUAUGUACGACAAGCCCUUCACGGUCCACGGCUAUGCUUCCAACGCGGAUGAAUUUCUCAAGAAACUAGGCAAGUUUACGGCGAGAACAAAGACAAGAAUUAUUUUGGGAGUAGGCUUCUUUGACUACCACGACGACAAGUCCUGGUCGACAAUAGAGCUAGUGGUGCAAGCGGCGAAUCCGAGCGACAUCUUGGUCGUCAUCACCUGUGUCUUGACCGUGCCCAGCUCGAAGGACUGCAUCGCCAUGCCACCUACGGCCUUGAAGAGCACCAGCAAAUAUCCGCCCACAUUCGAAAAAGCUUUGCCGCUGGCCACCAACAAAUUCCAGGUUUCGAGCAAGGUUCUUGUGGCGUUCUCGUUCCAAAUGGCCACCGUCAUCUACAACAUGACGGAAAAAUACACGAAAGCGACCGAUGCCCUCUACAAGAAGUGCAACAGCUUUAUCCUCGGGGACCAAUCGCAAACGUGUGAAAGUCCCGAAACCACGCCGGCCAAUGAACUCGCAUCGAUCGGAAUCAACAGUGCUCAAAAAAGAAUGCUGUUUUACUCAUACGACACUGAGCAGACGAUGAAGAGGAAGGCCGAGUACGUCAUGACGGCGAAGAACAGGCGGGCCAAUUUCACGUGGUUCCUGUUCAACGUGCACCUGACGGACAUCUCGAAGAAGUGCUACACCGACGGACCGUUCACGCGCCUCAAGGGAUUCAGAAAGUUUUACGAUACUAUCAGCAAGCGACCCCCAGUGUGAUACGCAGCGCUCCCCAUCGUCGGCCUCCGAACGCUCACAAGAGCGCCGUGUGCUCUUGGGCUCGUGUGCUCCACCCGGUGUGCUUUGUGGGGUGCGCCCGGUUCUGGGCAGUAAUUUACUAGCAGAAUUUAGCAAUAUCGCGUGAAUGUUUUGUGUUCUUCCAAGAACACCAGGUGUUGCAUUAUGGCGGUGUUGUUUUUUUGCGCACAGUUGUCCUCCGUCAUCUGGUGCAUGUAGGUCCUGUCCCUAAACAUUUUUGUUCAUUGAUUAAAAGACUGACAAAGAGCAGUUACCGGCAUGGUUCAAGCUACAAA